AUGGAGAAGGAAGCACGCCGAAUCCUUCUAGGACUGGGAUUCAAAGAAGAAACACUGGGAAAGAAGGUUUCCACCUUAUCAGGAGGAUGGCGAAUGCGUUGCAUGCUUGCCUCCGUCCUGAUUCAAAAACCUGACAUCAUGAUCCUUGAUGAACCGACCAACUUCCUUGACCUCCUCGGAGUAGUCUGGCUCGAGAACUACCUUCAACGUCUAAGCGAAAACUCGCAAACGACGAUCCUCCUCGUCUCCCACGACCGAGACUUCAUCAACGCCGUCUGUGAAGAGAUCGUGAUCCUACGAGAUCAAAAAUUGAACUAUUUCCGCGGGAACCUCGCCGCUUAUGAAGAAGACUUUGAGGCACAGAAACUAUACCUGGGACGCAUGAAGGAGGCACAAGAACGACAGAAAGCUCACAUGGAAGCCAGUAUCCGCGAAAAUAUGAAGAUAGGCAAGAAGACCAAUGACGAGAACAAACUCCGACAAGCCAAGUCGCGACAGAAGAAAGUUGAUGAUCGAAUGGGCCUUCAGGUUAGUGCUAGAGGAGGUCGAUUUAAAUUGAACCGGGACCUUGUUGGGUGGCAUGAACAUAACAGGGCAGAGAUUGAAGUACCGACGGAUGAGCGAGGCGCGACUAUGAGUCUGCCUGAUGCGACUGAGUUGCGGUUCCCUGGGCCACUGGUCUCUUUGGAGGGGAUUACAUUCAGAUACAAGAGUGACCGCGUCAUUCUUGACGAUAUUAAUUUGGUUGUUCAUAUUGGUGAUCGUGUUGGAAUAAUGGGUCUGAAUGGAUCGGGUAAGACCACGCUGAUUCGUGUGUUGACUGGGCAACUUGCUCCAUCCAAAGGCAAAGUGACGACCCAUUCCCGUCUGAAAGUAGGUUAUUACGGCCAGCACUCUGUGGAGGAACUUCAGGAACGUGGUCGGAGCCAGCCCAGUCUCACUGCACUUGGAUUAUUGAUGGCGGAAAUUGGUGACGCGCUGAAUGAGGGAGCCGUAAGAGGGCUCCUCUCGUCAAUGGGUCUGCAGGGUCGCACUGCGUCCGAUGUACCUGUGGCCAAAUUGUCCGGUGGACAGCUAGUUCGUCUUGCUCUAGCUCGGAUUAUAUGGAGCGCACCUCAGCUUCUCAUUCUCGAUGAGAUUACCACUCAUCUAGAUUUCCAUACCGUCACAGCACUCGCCACGGCUCUCUCAUCCUUUAAUGGAGCCAUCCUUCUCGUAUCCCACGACCGGUUUUUGAUUAGAUCUGUCAUUGAAGGAAAGAGGGAUACUGAUCAUAAACUAGCUGAUGAAUUUGAGGGGUUAGAAGAGGAAGAAACCGAAGAUAACACCACUAGACGCCGGUCCGUGUAUGUGGUUAAGACAGGCAAGUUGAACGAGCAAACAAGCGGAGUGGAACAAUUCGAGCGGAGUCUGGUCAAGCGAGUGCAAAAAAUGCUCGCAACUUAA